AUGUCUGCAUCUUCAACAACCAUGUUCCCGUGGGAGUGUCGAGACAGGGAAGACCAGGCAAGGGCGGCAUACAAUCACCCCUUAAGACGCACCAACCAACUCCUCGUUGAGGAGAACAUGAGGCUGAAACGAAUGUUGCGCGAAAAUGGCAUAUCUUGGUCACCAAUUGCGCAAGCCCAUAUGCUGCAACAGAACCCUGCGCAUCGACGACGCACUCGAGCUUCCAAGUCAUCGCACGAUCUGGGCUGCCCAAGCUUGCCAACCGAAGUCAUCCUACGGAUCAUGAAGUUCGCCUUGAAGAGUCCGUAUCCACUCAUUGAUCCAUUAUCUCCCCUCACUCCGGAACACUUGACCGAGAGAGAAAAAUCGCGCGGCAAUCAGAUUGCCAUUCACUUUCUGGCCACCUGUAAAGCCCUUCAUGUUGAAGGGACUCGUUGCCUUUGGGAGUCAAACAGCUUCGUCUUCACUACUCCCGAAGCUUUACGUCACUUCUCCGAACUGAGCCCGCAAUAUCGGAACAACAUGACUCGCCUGAACUUCCGGGUCAUUGCGUGCUAUUACGAUGACCAGCGCGUUAAACACCGGCUCGAACGAAGCUAUCACCCUGAUCUUAAAAAGGACCAGUUAUUGAAGGUUCAGCUACGCCCCAAAGAGCCUCCUCUUAUCCGAGGUGGGUUCCGUUGCUACACCUGGUCCCAGAUCGCCGACUUUCUGAUUGCUCUUCGUGCUCCAUAUGAUCCAAGCAACAAGGAUAAGCACAAGCCGCGGCCUCGACUUCUUCCAUCACUUUCCCUGCUCCGGAUUGACCUUGUCAAUUUUUCCGAAACCCUCCUCCCAUUUUCUGGUUCAGAACUACACGAAAUCGCGUCUCAUGAGCUGGGAUGCACGCUCAAUGAACUUCAGGUGACUGGCAUGCCGUUUGAUGAUGCUGGCAUGAAGGCUUCGGCGGAAUUGAGCGGCAUGCUGAAGGAUGAGGGAUUGUAUUUGGAUGGAUCUGCAGCAUUUAUAGCCCACUCAAGGCAUUUGCAGACACUAUCUGGGAAGAAAUGGUGUGCUCGAGUGGUUCGUGCAUACAAAGGAAAACACGGGGCUGGCAAUAACGAUGAAAACGAAGACGACGAUGACGACGGUGACGACGACGACGACGACGACGACGACGGGGACGACGGCGACGGCGAGGAUCUGCUCGAGGAAGGGCAUUUCCACCCCAGAAUGGGUGCUAUGCCAGCUGCACCUGCAGAAGAGGGCCAUCCAUCGUCCACUCGCGAUGAAGAUAAAGUUAUAUGGAAACGAGUUCCAAUUUCUCGGGAAGGUCAGGAACGCCAAUGGGUGCAAUUCUCUCGUCUUAGUGGGUAUGAGAUUGCUGAUCAAGAGUGGGAAACCGACGACGAAGGUCUUUGUCCAUGUUGCGGCGAACCCCAUCCCAACUCGUCGCUUCUCAACUUUCUGAUGGGCGACGAUGACGACAUUAUGGACCUUGACUGA